CUUCAUCGGACAGAGGAAAGAGCGUUCCUAGUGGUUUAAAAGCGGGAUGUUUCAGCUGAGAACUGUCGUUUAGUUGGGUCUUCUCUUGGUCACAUUGGUUCCUAAAACAGGAAGCACAAGGAUCGCUGUUGAAGUACACCAGGUUAGAGAAACCUUAAAAGCUGGUAAUUCCGGAAACGUCCAUCAUGAUGUUUUUAAUUCCUCACGACUCAAGUAAGGAAAUACUUGAAAAUAAUCUGAAACCGCAGAACACAUUUUUUUAAAAAGAAUUUUUUAGUAGGUCGUGAAAGUGACUUUAAUGUUAGAUGACCUAUUUCUGUGACAAUUAACUCAUAUGGAAUGUUUGACCAUUUAAUCGCGUGUAAAAUGGGAGGGAUGAAACUUCGCACAAAUAGCGAUAUAAGACUCUCUAGGAUCCUUGUUUGAGCUUCUACCGGGUGGCGAGGAUCCUUUCCCUCCUUGUUAAGAGGGAGGAUUCCGAGAUUUCGGACCCGGGGUCCGUCAGGGCAGGUGAGCCUCCCGAGGAAGUGCUGGGCUGCUAGCAGGUAGGAAGAGGUUUGCCCGGCCCUCCCGGGCACACUCUUCCCCUCAAAGACCGCCGCCCUAUUCCCGCCCCUGUCAGUCACCUCUCCCGGAAGUUAGGCCUGCGGACAUUUAGUUUCCGGUUCCGCUCGUUCCUUUCCGGUCGCCAUGGCGACAGGGCACGUAGGGGUCGGGGAGACACUGGGGGCCCUGAAUGCUGCUCUGGGACCUGGUGGUCCUGUGUGGUUCAAGGAGACGCGCGUACGACACCUGCGCGCCCGAGACUUCCUGGCUCCGCGGAGAGCGCUGCAGGCGCGCUUCGGGAAGGGGCAGGUUCCCGAGGACGUGGUCCGUGCCAUCGCCGGCCUGCAGGGCCCCGGCGUAGCCCCGGUGCUGCGCUGCGCUCCAACCCCCGCUGGCCUUGCGCUCCAGCUACGGCGGCCAGCUGUCUUUGAGCAAGUUCUAGGCGCUGUGGCCGCCUACGCUACGCCCCCUGCGGCGACCUCACCGGGUCUGCGAGUGGUCCUGCACUGCGCUGCGCUACGCGGUGCUCCUUGCGCUCUCCGCCUGAGCCAGCUGCGUGCGGUGCUCGUGGCUGAUUACUUGGCACGAGUUCUGCGCGCUCGCGGGAUUAAUGUGUGCCUAGUGCCCGCUGUGCGAGAUCCGUGCAUGCAGACCUUCCUGCAACAACUCCGGGUAGACUGGCCGGCUGCCUCGGAGAGCGCGUCGGAAAGAGCAGCCACGGAAGCCCUGAGAAGCCGUGCACUUGCAGAGCUUCCUUUUAUCCAAAACGUGGGGACUGUGACUCCUGGCAUUCUGGGCAGAGUGUGUCUAAAGGACCUGGUGGAAGAGCAGGGGCGUGCAGCUGGCUAUGACCCCAACCUGGACAACUGUUUGGUUACUGAUGAUCUGCUCUCGGUGCUGGUUGAGCUGCAGGAGGCUGUGCAGCAUUGGCCUAUGGACAGCACUCCAGGCCUGGCUGGGGCCCCAGGUGCUGAUGAAGACAGCUGCAUGAUUGUACACGUGGUGAGCUGCGAGGAGGAGUUCCAGCAACAAAAGUUGGACCUGCUUUGGUGGAAGUUGGAUGAACGGGUUCCUCUCAGACAGAAACAUCUGGUUUGUGGUCCAGUCAAAAUAGCUGGUACACCCGGCACCCUGACUGCCCCCGAGUACUACAAACUCCGGUAUGCUCAGGUAUACAAGGCCUCAGCACUCAAGCAUGGCGGGGAUCUGGCACAAGACCCGUCCUGGUCAGAGAUCUUGGGGGUUCUUUCUGUAGCCACCAUCAAAUUUGAGAUGCUCAGCACAGCCCCGCAGAGUCAGCUCCUCCUGGCCCUGGCCGAUAGCAGCGUUUCCACGAAGGGCACCAAGAGUGGCACCUUUGUCAUGUAUAAUUGUGCCCGCCUUGCCACACUCUUUGAGGGCUACAAGUGCAGCAUGGAACAAGGUCUGUACCCCACCUUUCCACCAGUGAGCAGCCUUGACUUCUCACUGCUACAUGAUGAGGGUGAGUGGCUGCUGCUCUUCAAUAGUGUCCUCCCCUUCCCAGACCUGCUAAACCAGACAGCAGCCCUGGCCUGCACUGCCCCAGGGCUCCACAUCACUGCACGCACAGAGAUGCUGUGCAAGUUCCUGGUGCAACUCAGCAUGGAUUUCAGCUCAUACUAUAACCGUGUACAUGUUCUAGGGGUGAGUGCACAGCAAGAGAGGGGGGUGUGUGGGAGGUGCAGGGUGAAGGCAGGGAAAGCAGAGGUUGAGAUCAGUGGGCCCGUUCUCCUCCAGGAGCCUCGACCACACCUCUUUGGUCAGAUGUUUGCCCGCCUGCAGCUUCUACGGGCUGUGCGUGAGGUGCUCCAUGCUGGCCUGGCCAUGCUGGGCCUCCCUCCGCUGAGCUACCUCUGAGGCCACAGAUGUCCAACAUGGGGAAUGUUCACAAGGUCAUCAACUCAAAAAAAACAUACAAGUUUUGUUAGGGGCCUGGUGCCAAAAUAAAUUGCUUCUGCUAUAAA